AAUGCGUUCCAUUCAAAUCCGACUAACACUGUAUUCGAUGCCAAACAUCUCAUUGGCCGGAAAACGGACGACUUGGAAUUAAAGCGUGACAUCAAACACUUUCCCUUCCAACAUUCAAGUUUUACAAGGGCGACACACUCCACAGAGGAGAUCAGUGCUAUGAUUCUGACAAAGAUGAAGGAGACUGCAGAGGCCUAUCUC